AUGGAGGAAGAGCUCAAGUGCCCCGUCUGCGGCUCCCUCUACAAGGAGCCCAUCCUGCUGCCCUGCUCCCACAACGUCUGCCUCUCAUGCGCCUGGAGCAUCACGGUCCAGACCCCAGAAGGCGAGACCCCGGCGCAGAGAGCCUCGGGAAGCUCGGACUAUGACUACCUGGAUAUGGAUAAGAUGAGUCUGUACAGCGAGACGGACAGUGGGUACGGGUCAUACACGCCGUGCCAGCUCAAGUCCCCCAACGGCGUAAGGGUCUUCCCCCCGAACGCGCCUCGCCACUGCUCCCUGACCUGCCCUCUCUGCCACCGCAGCGUGAGUCUGGACGAGCGUGGGUUGAGAGGAUUCUCCAGGAACCGGCUGCUGGAGGCGAUCGUGGCGAAGUACCAGCAGACCAGAGGCAUCACCGCUGCUGCUGCCCCAUCCUCCACCUCCACAUCCUCUUCAUCCUCAUCUGCAGGCGUGAAGUGUCAGCUGUGCGACCGGAACCCACUGGACGCCACGGUGAUGUGCGAGCAGUGCGACGUCUGUUACUGCAACGCGUGUCAGCAGCGGUGCCAUCCCUCCAGAGGACCCCUGGCCAAGCACCGCCUGGUUCCGCCGCAGAGGAGAGCCGAGAGAGCGCAGGGCAGCAGCGGGGGACAGAUGCCUCCUCUCACCGCCAGGAAACCGGCCACCUGCGCGGACCACGAAGCCCAAAACUUUAGCGCGUACUGCUGCACCUGCAAGAGCCCGGCGUGCGCCAAGUGUCUGGAGGAGGGCAAGCACCAUCAGCACGACGUGAAGCCGCUGGCAGUGAUGUGGAAGCAGCAUAAGCUCAGUGGUUUCUCAGAGCAGAAGGUGGAGCGACAUGAGCUCAUUUUACAGUUGGUCAGACUCUGA